GUGCCGUGUACGCUCGCAACUGUAGAGGUCCCCCCUUUUCAGCGGGUUGCGCGCACAGCUAUUGCACCCGCUUUUUAUCCUGUGUAAAGAGGAGAGAGUGAGGGGGCAUAUGUACGGAUCCUGCACGACCGCAGACAUGUAUCCUCCGUGAAGUGUAGCGCAAGGCAACUCUAAGAUACCGGGUGUUCUGCGAGAAACAAUGAACAUGUGCGGCUCUAUUUCUGAAUGAGCACAAGGACAUGUUCGAUAUGCGUUGUAGCCUACCUAUAGACCAACAUCAUUAGCACUAUUCCAAUUUCAUUCAGAUUUGAGGGCACAGGUAUAUGACUUAAACUCAUUUUAGGGAAGAAAGAAGACGUGGUGUUCUGCUGUUUUUUGUGGAAUUUUCGCUCCAGCUGAGAGUCGUGAUGUCUGGCUCAUUUCACACAUUGUUCCUGGUUCUGCUGGGUGUGUUGACGGCAUGCGCCCAGACGGAGAUGAAGAGGGUUGUCGGUGACAAUGCGACACUGCCCUGUCACCACCAGUUCUGGGCAGGUGACGCCCCCACACUGGACAUCGAGUGGCUCCUACUCAAGCCCAGCUCCAAGCAGAGAGUGGUGAUCACGUACUUUGCGGGCCGGGUGUACGACCCCAACGAGGCGGAGGCGGGCCGGCUGUCCUUAGCCGGGGACUACCUCAAGGGGGACGCCUCCCUGCUGAUCAGUGACCUUAGCCUGGGCGACUCGGGCGAGUACAGCUGCAAGGUUAAGAAUGGGGGAAAGUACCAAUGGAGCACGAUCAACCUCAUAGUACAGGUGAAGCCGUCUAAGCCGCGGUGUUGGAUGGAGGGCCGGCUGUUGGAGGGUAGUGAUGUUAAGAUGAGCUGUAAGUCUACAGAUGGCUCUGACCCCAUAAACUACAAAUGGGAGAGGCUGCUGGACAAGGGCAAGUAUGUGGGAAAGCUGCCCCCACUGGCCCUCAUAGAUUUGAAAAACUCAGAGAUAGUGACACUGAGGAACCUGACCAAGGAGAGUGCUGGGGUGUAUAAAUGUACCGCCAGCAACGAUGUGGGAGAAGAGAGCUGCACCGUAGAGGUCAAGAUGCACUAUGUGCGGGGCAUGGGUGUGGUGGCGGGCGCCGUGGUGGGCGUGUCCUUCGGUGUCCUCCUCAUCAUUCUCAUUAUUUGGCUGGUGUUCCGCAAGAAGGAGAAGAAGAAAUACGAGGAGGAGGAGACCCCUAACGAGAUCAGGGAGGAUGCGGAGGCUCCCAAAGCCAAACUGGUGAAGCCCAACUCUCUCUCCUCGUCCCGUUCUGGAAGCUCCCGCUCGGGCACCUCCUCCACCCAGUCCAUGGUCCACACCACUGCCCCCCGGGGGCCCCGCGCCCGGGUUCCUGACGUCGCCGCCCUCAAGGAGAACGGCCAGCCCCCCAGCUUCCCCCAACAGCCCCCUGCCUACACACAGGUGGUCCCCAAGACCCCUGAGCCCCGCACAGCCCCGGCCAAGCUCAGCCCUCCCCCAAAGCUAAGCCCCGGGAACCUGGCCCGCAUGGGAGCAACGCCGGUCAUGAUCCCUGCCCAGACCCAGGCCUUUCAGACUGUGUAGGAGGGAGGGAGGGAGAAGUGGAGGGAGUAGACGCAGACAGACACAAGAAGCCCCAGUACACAGCUGAUAGCAACACCCAGCCUGCCCCCAGAAACCCUGUGAAAACCAGCCAUAUCAUCAACUAAAAGUAUAAUUGAAUGCAUUCUACGAAGGGAAGACUUUCGUAAGAGGAUUUGUCUCCUGUACAAACAAUACAGAGCGAAAUCUUUUGUUCGCAUGAUAUCCCAUCACAACAGAACAUUCAUUGUGUUUUUGCUGACGAGAUCAGUGAUGUGUAUCAUACUCUGACGAGGUCAGUGAUGUGUAUCAUACUCUGACGAGGUCAGUGAUGUGUAUCAGACUCUGACGAGGUCAGUGAUGUGUAUCAUACUCUGACGAGGUCAGUGAUGUGUAUCAUACUCUGACGAGGUCAGUGAUGUGUAUCAUACUCUGACGAGGUCAGUGAUGUGUAUCAUACUCCGACGAGGUCAAGGAGGACCCUGUGUAGAGUUGAGGUAUUUUUAAACCAAACCGACAGAGCCAUGAAAGCAGAAUGGGCUAUGGACAAAGGGAAGGAGGGAGUGAGAGCAAACAGGACUGGAAAAGAGCAAACAAAGGAGAUACACAGGCUGCAUAGCUCAGCAGAGAUCAGGCAAGGGUGUCUGGCUGUCUUACGACACCUGAUACCUGCUACCAACCAGGACAAACCAGACGGCAGACAAGACAAAGAGAGAAAAAAAACAAAAAGACAGGAAAAGUAAACCACACCUACCACACCGACCAACACCUAGCCAAUCAAUAUCUCCCAGGCUUCUUUGCCGGCAUCACAUACCUCCAUGUAAUCUCCUCCAGGAUACCCAGCAGGCAUGGUGAUUGGUUUUGUAAGGAAGGGGGUGCACCGAUCGAUUGACACACCAAUGAGAGUGGAGGAAAGUUUGAUGCUGAUACAAGAGGGAUGUUUGCCUGUGAUUGUACAAAGAUGAUAUAGCUUAAGUAAGAGACUCCACCUAGACACAUCACCUGUCAUCCUAUACACCUGCACAUGGGUCACUCGCAGCAACACGAAAGAUAUCAGUAUUGAUUUCCCAUCUUUCCUGUGCGUCCAGCACUAUACACUCAACAUGUCUGGACUUAUGUAACGUUAUCUUCCCAUGUUUAUGGACAGCGUCAAUUAAGGCCAUAGGAAUAUGUGACUAUGGGGAUUAUUAAUGGCUGAAAUAUGUAUUGCUUAAUAUGUAUUGUCUAAUAUUCUGUUUCCUUUUUUCUAUUUCAUUUAUUUCAGAUUCCUUCAGAAUGUUUAAAGAUUGUUAUUAAAGGGGUGAACUUAAGCCCUAUCGAUAAAGUGCCACAGUUGAUGUUUGUUGAAGAUGGUUAAUGACAUUUCUGUUUUAAUUUGUGUUGUGUUAAUGACAUUUCUGUUUUAAUUUGUGCUGUGUUAAUGACAUUUCUGUUUUAAUUUGUGUUGUGUUAAUGACAUUUCUGUUUUAAUUUGUGUUGUGUUAAUGACAUUUCUGUUUUAAUUUGUGUUGUGUUAAUGACAUUUCUGUUUUAAUUUGUGUUGUGUUAAUGACAUUUCUGUUUUAAUUUGUGUUGUGUUAAUGACAUUUCUGUUUUAAUUUGUGUUGUCUUAAUGACAUUUCUGUUUUAAUUUGUGUUGUCUUAAUGACAUUUCUGUUUUAAUUUGUGUUGUGUUAAUGACAUUUCUGUUUUAAUUUGUGUUGUGUUAAUGACAUUUCUGUUUUAAUUUGUGUUGUGUUAAUGACAUUUCUGUUUUAAUUUGUGUUGUGUUAAUGACAUUUCCAUUAAUCCAAAAUGAAUGAACUAACAUAUGAAUGUGUUCCUUGCCGUGCAGUAUAUAAAGGGCUGGAUUCAAUUUGAUUCACCAACUAACGUGCAAGAACCGCGUUAUAGCUCCAUUUAAAUUGAAAGGCGGAGACCGCAUUCACAGUCGGCUGAAUAGAAAAUGAUCCUUUACAUUUCAAAUACUUCCGCGAUAUAGAUUGAUUCCAGCCCAAAAUCAUUGGAUGAAUCCUUGUUUUUAAUGAGCAGAGAUUUGCAGCAAUACAUUUAAUCCCCUGCAGUUGAACUGUGUCUGAAAAAAUACAAAAUAUAUUCUGUAUAAUGAGAAAACGAGCAAAGGGCCAUACACAUCAUAUUAUGAUAUAACAUGCGUUGGCUCAGCACCAUGUUGUGAUUAUAGAAGAACAGUAAUGAUAAUCCUAAAGAGGGCCUUGGGUUAACAUACACAUUUUAAUUGAAUACACCACAAAAAAGUAUUAUUCACAAAACAAUUAAACACCGAUUUACAGUUUUAAAUGGUUAACUCUACAGUACACCUGAGAUUGAUUCCAUUUCAAGCAGAAUGAAAAGGACAAUAGCUUUGAGUGAAGUCUCUUCAUGGUGGCCAAACAGAAUUGAAACUACACUCAACCUCAGUAAAAUAUCCUGGCUGAAAGUGUUGAAUUAUGCCCUACCAUUCUCUGAUUUAAAUGUCAACUUUUGCCUGAGCUUUCAUCUGAUCCAAAUGCGUGACUUCUGCCUAGCGAUAGUCUUCUCUGCCUCUACGCAGCAGCACAUUGGUCCUUCAGUGUUUUGACUGCUUCCUCCAAAGAGAUACCCCUGUUAUUCUGGCUCAAUCGCAAUGCAAUGGAUGAGAUGUCAGGAACUAUUUGGAGUGACUGAUGCUGUGGCGCCCUCCAGGAGAGCCCAGCAAACUCAUCUUAAAUCACCCAGGAGGGAGGGCUCUUCUCGUCCAGCGGUGCAGAGCAUAAGAGCACACUCGUACUCUGGCCUCCGAAAUGGUUCAAACGAGGACGGGUGACUCGAGAGUCUAUACUUCUUGGAAAAAGGUUCAAAAUUUACCUGGCUUUUCGUUCAUGCCUGGUUGAAAUCACCCAGAUUAGUUUGUAUCAAUAAUUGUAUUUUGUAAAAUCUGCCUAUUUUUGAUGAGAUUAUUUCAUGAUCGUGGGCAGUUCAAAGAGUGAAAAGAAAAUAGCAAUCUUGUCUCUGUGACUCGUACUUCCAGCUUGCUCACUGCUGGUUGAAAAGCACCUUUAAACCAGGAGACGGAUGAGUGGCGAGAUGAGAGGACGACACCUGAGGGAGGGCUCCUGAUUACCCACCACAAUCCCCUUUGAAUUUCCCAUUAUACCUUUAAAAGCCAAUACAGGGAGGCCGAUGAUUGAAUGUGGCUCUUACGGCCGUUUGAUGGGGUAGGAUACGCACCGGUAUUGAUUUUUCUGUUAUCUGAGUGGCUCUGUGAAUUCCCCUGGCAGAGGGCUCUGUGUCCUGAAUCAUUAGGGUUUCCACCCUUUUUCGUUUGAAUGUCUUGCUUGGCAGACAGGAGGAAUGGGAAUGCUUCAAACCAUGCUGGGGAGAGGAACAACGUGAACCACAGGCGUUACGUUGCCCUUACACCAUGUAUCGACUCCAAAAGGCCAUUAUCAUAGGUUAACUAGUACAAAACUUGCAUCUUGAUGUCAUUUAUUAGUCUGUCUACUAAAUACCUCCACUAUGGUUUGAGUGAUGGGACCUUUGAUAUCAUGCAUACAGUGUAAUGUUCAAGAGCGAAAGAAUCCCCCCAAAGCUGAAAAAUGAUGGAUAUGCAUGUCACAGAUACUUAACUAGAGAAAGAACAAAACUGUAUUUUUGCCUCAAUGCUUAUAUAAAUAUAUAAAUGAUCAUCUUGUACAAAAAAAUGUUACAGUUAAAACAAAUGCUAUGACUGUAAAAAAGGAAAGUUAUGUUCAUUUUGAGUUUACUCCUUUGGGUUAAGAAUUCAGUCAUAAGUACUUUGCACUUUCUUAAACUGUGCUCUCUGUGUCCCGCUUGCGUUAAGCCCUUUUCACCAACAGCGUUAGAGGGGGAAUGUUCUCUCUCACUCUAUUUUAUUUGAUUGACAAUGUCAUGCAGUUACUUUGAGUUGUUGUAAACCAAAAAGGAAAUGUACAUACCUCCUUCUCGAGUGAAAAAUGUAUAUUUGUACAAUAUCUGAAUAAUUACUGUUUUGGUUUGUAAUAAAGCAUUUGAUGAAUAGCCA